UUAAAUCGACUUCAGCUCAUCAACCAACAUCAGGCUUCUCUUGAAGAGGCUCUUCUUAUUGUUACUAAGGUAGAAUCUCUAAUACCCCCUUUGGAUGCUUAUCAGAAGGAUUUGAUUUUGGACUCGUUUGAAGCUGAAUUUCCUGUAAGAGUCUAUUUUUAGGUUGCCGAGAAGCACUUCGAUCGCGACUGUAUGACCUCUUCGAUUCCCAGAGAAGCUGCACCUGCUCAGUUCGUAAGUCACCGAUUCUCCGCGUCCUCUGGAGCAUUCGUGUGGACGCUGGCCUGGCCCACUUGGGACACUCAGUUGCUCUAGCCUCGCUUGCUAGACUAUCGCACCUCCCCGGAGUUCAUGUAGGUUAG